AGGUUAGGUGCCGGCCGGGUAUGGCCCUCGACGAUGUUAACUUCUUUUUACAUCAUUCAACCUCUGUUUUUACAAAAGCAAUCCAUGCUUGCAUGAACAUACAUACUCAUAUGUGUAUAUAUACCAGUAGAGAUGGGAAGGGUGAUUGUAGGUGGAUGAAGUGGAAGCUAAUGGAAAUUCCAAGACCAUUCCUUUGUCUAUGGCUCCUAAUUAUGACGUUUGAUCUGUCAUGGGCUGGAAGUGAAAAGUGUCAGGAAGAUAUUAGCAGAAGUCAAUUUCCAGAUGGGUUUCUCUUUGGAACCGCUUCUUCCUCUUAUCAGUUCGAGGGAGCUUUUCAAGAAGGUGGCAAGAGUCUUAGCAACUGGGACGUUUUCAGUCACGUAUCAGGAAACAUUGUGGAUGGAGGAAAUGGAGAUAUAGCAGAUGACCAUUACCAUCGUUACAUGGAAGACAUAGAGUUGAUGCAUUCUCUUGGUGUAAAUGCUUACCGUUUCUCGAUUUCCUGGGCAAGAAUAUUACCUCGUGGAAGAACAGGGGAUGUCAAUCCUAUUGGAAUCAUGUUCUAUAACAAGCUUAUAGAUUCUCUUAUACUCAGAGGAAUCCAACCGUUUGUUACCUUAACUCACUAUGACAUACCACAACAACUUGAGGACAGAUAUGGUGGAUGGAUGAGUUCUCAAAUACAGAAAGAAUUCGCGUAUUUUGCCAAUAUCUGCUUCAGGGCCUAUGGUGAUCGGGUGAAAUUGUGGGCCACCUUCAACGAGCCAAACAUUGUGGCACGGUCUGGCUACCUCAAGGGAACAUACCCGCCGGGUCGGUGUUCUGCACCAUUUGGUAACUGUUCCAUUGGAGAUUCAGAGACUGAGCCUUUUAUCGCAGGCCACAACAUGAUACUAUCUCAUGCCAUGGCAAUUGAUGUCUACCGAAAACAUUACCAGCACAAACAAGGAGGUCAGAUUGGGAUCGUUGUGAAUUGUGUGAUGUAUGAACCCCUUAGAAAUGAGGAGGCAGAUCAUGAAGCUGUGAGCAGGGCUCUAUCUUUCAAUGUUGCAUGGUUCUUGGAUCCCUUCAUCCAUGGAGAUUACCCUCUUGAGAUGCGUCAAAUUCUAGGCCAUCGGUUGCCCAAAUUCUCUCCUAAAGAUUCUAAGAAGAUAAAAGAUGGGAUUGAUUUCAUCGGCAUCAACCAUUACUCGGCUCUCUAUGCUGAGGAUUGCUUGCACUCUCCUUGUGUCUCUGGCGGUCAUGCAAUUGAAGGCUUCGCAUAUAUUACAGGAGAAAGAGACGGCAUCCCCAUUGGAGGACGGACUUCGCUGCCAACAUUCUUCAUUGUUCCACAUGCGAUGGAAGAGAUGAUCAUUUAUCUUAUGACAAGAUACAAGAACACACCAAUGUUUGUGACUGAAAAUGGGAUUUCUCAAAUGGACCAACCUAGUGACUUGGUAGACAAGUUACUCGAUGAUUUCGAAAGAGUGGAAUAUCAUAAAAGCUACCUUGCUUCUUUAGGAAGAGCUAUGAGGCGCAGACGUACGUGGCUACUUUAUAUGGUCCUUGUUAGACAAUUUCGAAUGGUUGUUUGGUUACACCAGGAGAUUUGGUCUUUACCAUGUAGACUUCAAGACGCUUAGAAGGACAUCGAAACGAUCAGCAAAAUGGUAUCGGGAUUUCCUCACCAGUAAUAAUUCCUGCACUAAAGAGAAUGGGAUAAGAAGGAAUCCGUCCAAUAAUAGGAACGCUGUAAUGACCACCAGCCUGUAAGAGCAAGACAUGGACAUGUGACGAUACCAUGUCGGGGUCAUCGUCAUCUUUGUUGCAACUUCAUUAUCACCUUCCUAGCAUUAAUAAUUUCUAUGAUGACACAUAAUUUUCCUAUUGUUUAGUGCCCUGUAAUUUGUUUUAAAUAAAGUAUUGAUAAUUUUCUAAAACAAA